AUGAUUGCCUUUCUACUAAUUAUUUUGGUUUUGGUUAUAUUGCUUCUCUGUAUUGCUCAUAGAACUCGUUGGAUAUACACACUCAUAUACAAGGUUGAUGAAGAUUCAACAGCAUAUGGUGGUGAACUUGUUGCUGAUGUUCUUAAAGCGCAUGGGAUUCCUUAUGUGUUUUGUUUGUCGGGCGGUCAUAUAUCGCCAAUAUUAGUUGCUUGUGAGAAACAUGGUAUACGUAUAAUUGAUACGCGUCAUGAAGCAAAUGCUGCAUUUGCUGCUGACGCAGUUUCUCGUUUAAGUGGUAAAAUUGGUGUUUGUAUUGUUACUGCUGGCCCUGGUUUAACAAAUACUGUGACAGCAAUAAAAAAUGCUCAAAUGGCUGAAAGUCCAUUAUUGUUAAUUGGUGGCUGUGCAGCGAACUUGUCCAAAGGACGUGGUGCAUUACAAGAUAUUGAUCAUAUGUCUGUAUUUAAAUCGAUAUGUAAAUAUACUAUUAGCGUUCAACGUGUUCGUCAAAUUCCAAAGCUUCUCCGACAAGCUAUUUUUAUUGCUCAAUCAGGAACACCAGGACCAGUAUUUGUCGAAUUUCCAAUCGAUGUGUUAUAUCCAUUUUAUUUAGUCGAAAGUGAACUUGGUAUCAAACCAAAUGCAAAAGCAUUGAGUGAUAAAAUAGCAAAUUUAUAUUUAUCAACUUAUAUCCGUGGAACAUUUGCUGGCGCUUUCGAUAAACAAUUAGUUUCGCCAAUACCACCACAAAUUCCAUAUGCAUCAAAUAUUUUGAUACAAAAAUGCGCAAAACUUGUACAAAAUGCUCAACAUCCCGUUUGUUUGUUAGGUAGUCAAUGUACGCUUCCACCAACAUCAACCAGGGAUGUUGUCGAAGCACUUGAAUCGAUGAAUAUUCCAUGUUUUCUUGGUGGAAUGACAAGAGGUUUACUUGGUAGAAAUAGUUCAAUACAACUUCGUCAUUGUCGUAAAGAUGCAUUGAAAGAAGCUGAUGUUGUUCUUUUAAUCGGCGCUGUUUGUGAUUUUCGUCUUGGUUACGGUAAAGUUCUUUCAAGAAAAUCAAAAAUUAUUAUUGUUAAUCGAAACUCUUCGACUUUGUAUCAAAAUAGUGAUGUCUUUUGGAAGCCAACAUUAGCUGUUAAAGGUGAUCCAGCUGAUUUUACAGUACGAUUGCAUAAGUUUUUAUCAGCACAAAAUUAUAAAUGUUCUGACUCAUGGGUUGAAACUCUUCGAGAUAAAGAUAAUAUUAAAGAAGAAAUCAAUCGAAAAAUGGGAUUAGAACCAACAGAAGACCAUUUAAAUCCCAUUCAUAUUUUACAAGAAUUAGAAAAUCAUUUACCGGACAAUGCUAUUUUAAUUGGUGAUGGUGGAGAUUUCGUAGCCACAGCUGCUUAUACAGUUCGUCCGCGAGCACCACUAACGUGGCUAGAUCCCGGUGCAUUUGGUACAUUAGGUGUUGGUGCAGGCUUUGCCUUAGGUGCAAAAUUAGUUCGACCGGAAGCAAGCGUUUGGAUUCUUUAUGGUGACGGUGCUCUUGGCUAUAGUAUUAUGGAAUAUGAUACAUUCGUUCGACAUAAAAUACCGGUCAUAUCGAUCGUUGGUAAUGAUGCUUGUUGGAACCAAAUUGCACGUGAUCAAGUUCCAUUGUUAGGCAGUAUUGUUGGAUGUUCAUUAGAGUUUUCAAGCUAUGAAAAAAUAGUCGAAGCUUUGGGUGCCGUUGGUUUUCGACUUGAUAGAACAAAUGAACACGAAAUGGUCAAUAUAUUUAAACAGGCAAACGAAAUCAAUCAACAACAGCGAAAAAGUGUUCUAAUUAAUUGUCUUAUUGGAAAAACAAAUUUUCGUCAAGGCAGUAUAUCAGUUUAA